GGCCGAGCCCCGGGCGGGUCGGGCCCGGUGCCCCCGGACAGGGCCGGUGCCGCUGCCCGGCUCUGCCCCGCGCCCCCCGGACCAUGCUGUUCUCCCUGCGGGAGCUCGUGCAGUGGUUGGGCUUCGCCACGUUCGAGCUGCUGCUGCACGCGCUGGCCCUGCUCGCCUUUACCGUGCUGCUCGUGCUCAAGGUGGACGGCGCGGCCGCCGCGCUCUCCUGGUGGGUCGUGUUCGUGCCCUUCUUCGCCGCCGACGGGCUCAGCACCUACUUCACCACCAUCGUGUCCGUGCGGCUGUUCCAGGACGGCGAGAAGCGCCUGGCGGUGCUGCGGCUCUUCUGGAUCCUCACCAUCCUCAGCCUCAAGUUCGUGUUCGAGAUGCUGCUGUGCCAGAAGCUGGUGGAGCACACGCGGGAGCUCUGGUACGGGCUCAUCAUGUCGCCCGUCUUCAUCCUGCUCCAGCUGCUCAUGAUCCGGGCCUGCCGUGUGAACUGAGGGUCCCCGCGGGGCCGGGGGGACGGGCCCGGGCCUCAGGCUUCCCCCGGCGUUAUCCCUGUGCAGAGGGCGGCGACAGGCUGUGACAGGCUGUGACAGGCUGGUCGGUGCCCCAGCUCGCUGCCGUGCCACAGAGCACCACAUUCCCCCAAAAGCUGCUGUUGUGCCGCGUUCCUGUGUCAGCCCCCCCAGCUCCCGUGUUGUCCUGCCCUGCGAGCGCUGCUGGGUGUGCCAGUUAUUUUAUUGUAAAAUAAAAGUGCGUUGAAGGAU